UCCAAGACAAUGACUGGAUUCGUCUUUACUUGGAACUUGCAGUCGCCAAAUAUAGAAGUAUCAACAUGGAUCCUGAUUUGUCCGACUUGAAGAUUGUGAAUGUGGCUAUAGAUACUAGCCAAGAUCUCAGUGAGGGACUCAAUGCCAAAAAUGCAACUGUCUACAUAAGUUACAAGGACUCGUGCGAGGCUCGGGUUGGUAAGGAUGUUGAUCGCAUAGCUAUAGUUAGAAGAACCUUUUGUGAGCGUACACGACAAUUCACUCUCAGGGGUCGGCAUCAGAGUUUAGAAAUUAUACCAAAAAAGCGUGCGGAUCAGGGUGAGGACGACUCGUGUGAGGCUGGGGUUGGUGAGGAUGCUGACCGCGUUAGAAGUAGCUCCAGCGAGCAUACGAGACGCCUCAGUCCCAUGUGUCAGCAGAAUCUGAGUUCAGAUAAAAAGUGCAAGUAUCAGCGUGUCAUCCGGCCGCGUUUAAGCGUCCUCAAAAAGUGGCGGUUUUUGAGUCCUAGGCGGCACAAGGCAUGCAAGAACCAUGGCGUUGGCUUGGCUCGUCCUCUGCACAAGACAAGAUCCAUUUGA